UAGCACCCCUAGCGCAGAUAUAACACGUGGCGACGUUCAGACUCGCGUUUAAAAAAUAAUUAUGGCAACGGGAGCACGAGCAACGUUUGGCGUUCUUUCGACCUUUGAUCACACUUCGCAGGACUGGAGCAGCUACAAAUCUCGGCUAAGUCAAUGGUUUAUUGCCAACGACAUAAAUGAGGCUACCGAUAAGUCCGCGGUCAAGCGAAGAGCGAUCUUAUUAAGUGCAUUAAGCGAAUCGUCGUUUAAGUUAGCUAGUGACCUGGCAUUGCCCAGUAAGGUGGAAGAAUUGGAGUAUGCAAAAAUAAUUAAAAUCCUCGACGACCAUUUCACUCCAAAGCGACUCGGUUUCGCGGAGAAGUCUACCUUCUAUUCGGCAACGCAACGGCCAGGUGAAAGUCACACUCAGUGGGCAGCCAGGAUUAGAGGAUUAGCGGCACAUUGCGGGUUUAAGAAUUUGGAAGAAACCUUGCUGGAUAAAUUUAUCAUGGGCAUGGCAGCGGGACGCAAAAGGAUAAACUGUUCGCACAGGAUCAACUGGAGCUGACCCUGGCCAAGGCUAUCGACUUCGCAGAGAGCGUACGGUGCGCACGCCGCGCCACCGCCGCGGAGGCUCCGGCGGCGAGCGCAACGGGCGCCGGCGCUGACGCGGCGGCAGGGGGCCCGGACUCCGGGUUCAACAUCUCCAAAAAAGAGAAGUGCAAUGUGUGCGGGUUCACCAAUCAUAAGUCUAAUCAAUGCGGCUACAAAAACUAUAAGUGCAAAAAAUGUAAUAGGAAAGGACAUUUACGUAAGAUGUGCACGUUCAAGGACACAGUGAAAUUCGUGGAGGAAGGGUAUGAGGACGAAGGAGACGACGUCCUUACAGGCUAAAUAUUAUAAAGGAGUUCAGAGACCGAAUUUUAAAAUUAAUGAUAACGUAUGGCUAACUAAAUACACAAAUAAUAAUAAAAAAAUCACUUGGAUCGAAGGUAUCGUAAAAAAACAGAUGGGAAAAGUUAUGUACCAAAUUUAUGUACCACAACUGGACUGCGAGGUAACCAGACACAUCGAUCAGCUAAGGGCUCAUCCAUUCCCCAUACAAAGUGACAACUCGCAGUGGGAUCCCGACGUCGUGCCGGAUAUACCGUCGUCGUCGUCGGAAGCCGUCGCUCUGGCCGCUGCUGUCGCGCCCGCGACUACGAGCCUUAGCGCUGCGAUGCCUGCGGCUAGCGAGCAGCCACCAUCACAGCCAGAAGAGGGAGAGGGACUGGAUGUAACUACUACACCGGUAGACCCAGACACGGCUCAGACCGGAGGUCCAACAACGCCAACUGCGGACUACGUCGCUAGGCGACGACAUGCGAUCAGCCCUCAGUUCGCCACCCCCUCGUCUGGGGUGCAGGACACCGAUUACGAUAUAGAGUAA